AUGGAUGAAGGAUGGCUUUUUUGUUGUCUUGAUGUUGAUGUAUUCGAGGUGUGUUUGACUCGGUUCAGCCAGUUUGUGGAGCCUGUUUUGGGUUCUAGAAAGAAACGAUCUAAUAGUGAGAAAUUGAUCAACUCAUUGGGGACUCAGGACCUUGUGACCAACUUGCCUGGCCAGCCUGCUGUAGACUUCAAGCACUAUGCUGGCUAUGUCACAGUGAACCAAACAAAUGGAAGGGCUCUCUUUUACUGGUUUUAUGAGGCUGCUACCAACCCAGAUGCAAAACCUCUGGUGUUGUGGCUUAAUGGAGGUCCUGGGUGCUCUUCUGUGGGAUAUGGAGCUACCCAAGAGAUUGGUCCAUUCAUAGUGGACACUGAUGGACAUGGAAUUAGGUUUAAUAACUACUCAUGGAAUAAAGAGGCCAACAUGUUAUUCUUGGAAUCUCCGGUUGGGGUUGGCUUCUCAUACUCCAAUACAACUUCUGAUUAUGUGAAUCUUGGAGAUGUCUUUACAGCGAAUGAUGCGUAUACUUUCCUGCAUAAGUGGUUUCUCAAGUUCCCAUCAUACAGAACAAGGACCUUUUACAUUGCUGGGGAGAGCUAUGCAGGAAAAUAUGUUCCGGAGCUAGCCGAGGUCAUCUAUGACAAGAACAAAGAUCCUUCCCUCCAUAUUGAUCUCAAGGGUAUCCUGUUGGGUAAUCCUGAAACAUCUGAUGCUGAGGACUGGAGGGGUCUGGUGGAUUAUGCUUGGAGCCAUGCUGUGGUAUCAGAUGAAACUCACAAAAUAAUACGCGAAAGCUGUGAUUUCGACAGAAAUGAUACUUGGAGUAACAAAGAUUGUACUCUAGCUGUGGAUGAAGUGUUAAAACAGUAUAAGGAGAUAGAUAUCUAUAGCCUCUACACCUCAGUCUGCAUUGGUGAUACAGCAAGCUCAGAUGAUGGUUCAAUGCAAGUCAUGAUGAAGCGCACAUCUACCAUGAUGCCAAGGAUUAUGGGUGGCUAUGACCCAUGUCUCGACGAAUAUACGAAAACAUUUUAUAACAGACCAGAAGUGCAAAAGGCCCUCCAUGUUAGUGAUGGUGUCCGGCUCAAGAACUGGAGCAUCUGCAGUAACAAAAUAUUUGAAGAUUGGGCAUAUUCAAAACCAUCUGUUCUUCCUAUAUACAAGAAACUCAUUGCAGCAGGACUUAGAAUAUGGGUGUACAGUGGAGACACAGAUGGAAGAGUUCCUGUGCUUUCCACCAGAUACAGCUUAAGUGCUCUGGGACUGCCUAUUAAUAAGGCAUGGAGUCCCUGGUACCACCAGAAGCAGGUCAGUGGUUGGUUUCAAGAAUAUGAAGGUCUUACAUUUGCCACAUUUAGAGGAGCUGGGCAUGCAGUUCCCUGCUUCAAACCAAGCAACUCACUGGCUUUAUUCACGUCUUUUCUUCUUGGGGAAUCUCUGCCUUCGGCUCGAUCGAACAUGAUUAAUUAA